AUGGAGAGACGACUUAUGGACUAUAUCGACGAGAACGUAGAAGAUCUGAAACCCCAGUUAGAUCAACUACACGGCAGAUUCGUGACGGACUCGGCAGACGACAAGGGGAUUAUGCAAUUCAUCAAGACGCGGUUUCAUGAGAUGCUGAGAACAGUGAAUCAGCGGAUGCAAAGGAUACAGGACGAACUAAAUCGAGAUCUCGAAGCGGCUCUCGCAGAAAGACUGAACGCUAACAAAAAGCGAUCGGCGUGUGCAGCUUUUGGGGAUAUUGAUGACACUCAGAGGCUUACAGAUGCUCAACGGCCUUAUCCGGGGGCUCGAGGGUCUGAGAUGAACCUUGAGUCUCAUCAAGUAGGAUAUAAUUAUCCAUUUAUGGAAUUUGGAACCCGUUUCGAGAUUCAACUCGACAAUGUGCAAACGCAUCUGGAGUCGGCCGUUUGCGAGAUGAAGUCGGGCACCUACAAGAGACUGGCGGGUUUGGACGAAAGAGUUGGCGCCAUGGAAGAGAAAAUGGACAAGAUAAUCUGA